AACAACUAUCUUUGAGCAAUGCUAGGAAAUGGCACUGGGGAAUGUUGAUGCGUUGGAUACAUGUGAACAACAACUCCAUGUUGAAGCAGCAGAACUUGAUCUCUGCGACCCACUUGGAUACGCAGGAGAAGGAAGCAGUUGUCCCUGAGAGAGCAGAAGAAGCAAAACUAAAGGCCAAAUAUCCUAAUUUAGGACAGAAGCCAGGAGGGUCAGACUUCCUAAUGAAAAGACUGCAGAAAGGGCAAAAGUAUUUUGACUCGGGUGACUACAAUAUGGCCAAGGCAAAGAUGAAGAACAAGCAGUUGCCAACCACCGGGCCUGACAAUAACUUGGUGACAGGAGACCAUAUCCCGACACCACAAGAUCUUCCACCGAGAAAGUCAUCACUUGUAACCAGCAAGCUGGCAGGGUAAACCUGCACUUCUGAUUUUUUUUUUUUUAAUUAUUAAUUUUUGUGUGUGUGUGUGUAUCAAACUGAUUGAACUUCACUGUAUUAUAGGGCUGGGAUGAUCGGAAUUCAUGUAAUCAUUCAUAUACUUACAGUAAUCAAACAAAAGGAAAGGAAGUGAGAUGUGUUUAUAGUCCUGGGUGUGUGUGUGUGCAGAUUUUUACAACUGGUGAUCAGUCAGCUGAGUGGAUCCUUUCCAUACAAAGUCAGUUUGCUGCGUUAGUUUGCGUGCAGCAGAAACCCCUCGGGUAUCGGAGGAGUCAUGUCAGAAGUGUUUGAACUUUGCCACCUCGCUAUCUGAGCAAGGAAGCUUAUAAAAGCAGAAUACUGCACCAGAGGAUUGGCCUGCUGUUGGUUCUCAGCUUGGCUGCACAACUGGAGUGCAGAUCCUGGGACUCUGGGGGCCUCUUGCUGUUCAGCUACUAGGUUCAAGGUGCUGAGAGGUAUAGAAAGAAUUGGGCAGGACUAGGAUGACCAACAAACAGGUGGCCCAUGGGUAUGUGUUAUGCUUGAGCUAAAUGAAUAGUGGAACUCUUGAACAAGAAAUUAGCAAGAAAACAAAAUAAUUCGACAAAAUAUGUUUUUAAAGAAGUGUCAAGAUUUGCCAUUCUGCUUGGCUGAGCAAAUUGGGAACUAUUCCAUACUCACAGGUACCAAUGUGCUUUGGCAAAAUUAGAGUAAGCCCUCUUGAAAGAAGACUCUCUUCAGUUCUACCUCCUGGAAUCAGCAGGUUUUUAAUCUUUGAUUUCCUCUUUGAAAAUCCAGUGUUCUUAAUUGUCAACGUUUAAAACAAACUACUUACCUUCAAUCAGAACUUGUAUCUGUGACUGAAUUGCUCUGUCUCAGGAACUCAUAUGACCCUGAUCACCGUAAUAUCUGAACACCUCACAAUCCUCAUAGCACCCCUGUGAGCACUGCACUUAUCCCACUUUUACAAAUGGAGAACCGAGGCGCAGAGAGAUGAAGUGAUUUGCACACGGUCACAAAGUGGCCGAGCAAGGAACUGAACCUGUAUCUCCCAAGUUUCAGACUGGAAAUAAGGUGUAAAUUUUUAACAGUGAGAGUAAUUAACCAUUGGAACAAUUUACCAAAGGUUAUGGUGGAUUCUCCAUCACUGACCAUUCUUAAAUAGAGAGUAGAUGUUUUUCUAAAGGAUCUGCUCUGGGAAGUAUGGCCCAUGUUUUGUACAGGAGGUCAGACUAGAUGAUCACAAUCAUCCCUUCUGGCCUUAGAUUCAUUCAUAGAUUCCAUGAGUCUUAAGUCCCAGGCUAGCACCUUAACUAAUUGCUGAAAAUACGGAGUAGUUAGCUCUGUUGGAAAGGAUUAGGAAGAGUGUAAAGCAAACAUGGCUUACUGUAUUGUAGUUCAGACAAAUGGGACAAUAAUUAUGACCCUUCUGAGCCCAUGAGGAUGCGUGGGGAAGAGAAAAUUCUCUUUGAAGGUAGAUCACCAGCCUUUUUGUUUGUUUUUUUUGUGUUUGUUUUUAAACUGAGAACCUGGGAGGAUGGAGUGGAAAGAAGCAUAAAAGCAAACUUACAUUAAUGGCAUAGCACAUUAGUAGCUUGGUCUUGUUUUGUUUUGUUUUUUGUUCCUGCCUAUGUCUGUUUCAGGCCUGAAAAUCAUGAUUCAGUGAAUGCAGCCUGUGGAAUGCAAGAUCACAACUGAUAAUGCAUGUCAAAUACGGUCUUUGUGUGGCAUAGAAAAUACAGCAUUUCACCUGGGACACAGGAUCGAACUGCGUUUAUAAUCUUGAGGAAUAUUUUAGCAGCGAUGCAUUAGUGUGUUGGGUUAAAAGGUGUUUCACUGGAAUGAUAAUUUUAAGAUUUCAGCAUGAAGCUUGCUGUGCUGAAAGCAAACAUGAAUCUCGGUUUUAAGUCCAGAAUUUAAAGAUUUGGGUUUGUUUGUUUUUUGGGGACAGGGGAGGGAAUCUGUUUAAUCAGUUCAUUCUGUAGGAUACCAUAUCGAGGUCAAGAAAACCCAAUGAAAGGUAACACUUGAAACUCCACAACUGAUGUAGCUUUCUCUACAUACAUUCUCUGCUAUGCCUUACUUGGUCAUUUUUAGUCCCUAAAGUAAUUCGUACAAAAGUCUGUUUCAGUUGACUGUGUGUUGCUGCUGAUGAUUCUAAAUGGAAAACAUGAUAUUGUAUCUAGCUAAUCAGGGUAUUUCUAAGAGUCAUGCUUCAAAAAAGAAGUAAAAAGCCAAGCCUGACGUAUCAUACAAAUCACCAUCCAUGUUUCUGAGAUUGUAAGGAACCAUUUUUUUUCUUUUCAUAGAGACUGGUCAAUAAAAAAUCAAUUUCAGCAGAGUGAAAAGGAGACAGGGUUUGGUGGGGAGUAGGGAAUUCCUUCUUUGUAAAUGUGUAACUUCAUUCUUUAGUCUCUGUCUCCUCAUGCCUUUUCUCCAGGUUCCAGUCUGAGAAGGUUGGGGGAAAAGCUACUGGUUUCUUGUAUAAUCGCCUCAAAUGUCUUGCUCUUUGUCCCAGCCACAUUGUAAAUAGAUAUGAAUCAUAUAUAUAAAAAUAUAUAUAAUUUUUUACAUCA